CAACACUCCCUUCCUCCCUCUCACACGUUUCUAACCCGCUCCUCUUCGCUUCCUCUGUUCCUAAAUCGUACUCACAAACCUCAGAGAGUAGAGGAUUCGAGAUACCUCUAUCGCAACAUUCUGUGAUCUAUGGCGGACGAUUCAGAGCAAACCAAAUCGAUUGAGUAUGAGAGCGACGCCGAUGGAGUCUCAGCGCCGUGGUGGAUGGCACGGAGGAUUGAAGCAAGUGACGAUGAAGACCAAGAAUACAGCCACGAUGGGCUCACAGAAAAGUGCCGGCCGUGCUUUGCUCAUCUUCAUCCUCCAAAUGAAUCUGACGGCGGCGGCGAAGGUUCACCGGAGUGGUACCAAGAACUUGGAGAGAAAGUUGUUUUCGAAGAAGAGCUCGAAGAAAUGAGCCAAGGAGAUGAAGAAGAGCUUCAAGAAACUCUACAUCGUGUGACUAUGAAGAAAGAGAAGGAGACUACUGUUCGCGACGACGCUUACGUGCCUACGCAUGGUUCGUUCUACAUGCACGACGAUCGCUUUCUAAGUCCCCGCCGCCGCUACCGCACGCGCAGGGGCAUUGUCACUGGAAUAAAAUUGUGGGACAACUGCACAGAUGAACCGAGGUGGAAGCAUGACAAGUUUGAAGACAUGAAAGAUAAUAGUCCUCCGAAGAGUAAUGAUCAACAACAAAGGAAGAACCAAACCAAGGGCCAGAGAUACAUGAAGACGAACCAAUUUGGAUCCCCUGACAAUUAUGGAAAUCAGAAUAAUCAGACAUUAAGAAUUUUUAAAGGAAGAGGACCUAAAAAAUAUAAACCUAUUAUGAAAUGCAAUAAUCUAAAUUCUUCGUCCAAAGACCAAAUACAUGAGAAGCUCAAGGAAAGCGCUUCAACUUCUAGUUCUUCCAGAGAGUACCGUGCUUCAGCUAAGAUUUUGCCAACAAACACAUCCGGUGAAACACUACACCAAACUACUUCACUGUUAUUACUGCCUGGUAUCCAUCAUGGGGGCCUGCCUUGUGGUACUGUUGAUGAUCAUGCUCUCAUAACACUAACAGGAUAUACUCCUCAGUACAGUGUCAACUAGCCUCAAAAACUUUCGGAAGACAAGAUUUCAGCGGCACAACUUGAAAAUGAAUAUUGUCAGAGACGGAUCAAGCCUCUAAGUCAAAUUGCUUUACCAGUCUGACCGUGGGAAUGGCUCGAGCGAGUGUGACAGUAGAAAAUGAGAUCAGCCUUGAGAAGAAGUGUAUAGUUUCUAUGAUUUACUACUUGUAAUCUGUUACUACGGUUUCUCUUUGGUAGGAUUAUGCAAUAAGCAUGCAAACAUAAUAGCUCCCGUUCUUUUGCCAUAAUGGACGAUUUGGAAAAUGCAAGACUACUUGGAUCCAUGUUGAUAGGGUUUUGAAUGUCCUUUUAUUUCUCAAGUAUACUUCACUUACUAUCCCCCAUUAGGAAUGCACGAGGAAAUGUAUAAAACAUUAUACUGAAAGAUGUGCCUCAAGCGGGUUGUCCUGUAGAUAGCAUUUCAUUUUUUGUGGGAAUCUAGCUGUGUACAUUUUAAUCCGUGAUUUACCAUUACCCUGAACCACGGUUUUUGUUCCCUGAUGCUGCUACAUGGAUGGAAAUACCCAAUAAUAAGUGAUCGUUUAGUCGGUGACAUAAUGCCUAGAACCAGAGCAUUAUUUUUGUUUUAUUUUAAUUUGUUUGGGACUGGCAGAGAGAAUUAUUCUAGCUGCAAUCCAGAUAGAUAUACCCCAAGUGGGGCUUUAACAUGCGCUGAAAAGGUUGAUCGGCCGUAUGCCCGUAUAGUACCGCUAAUUAUAACUCGUG